CCAGACGAGUCGAGUCAUAUGAGUUAUGAAUAUGACUCUGGCCAUGGUUUUUGCUCUGAGCAAAAUGUCUCGUUCUUUUUCUUUUUCACCAUUUUAGUCUGACAAAAACUGUAUCUCAUAAUUUUCUUCGCAUCUCCAUUAAUAUACCAACAUUUUCUUCUUCCUUUUAUAUAUAUAUAUAUAUUUUUUCUAUUUCUCAAAACCAACUUUCAUUUCAAGCACCAUGGCUCUGUUUUGUUCGUUUUCAAGUUUGGCUCUCUUCUUCUUCGUUUUCUUCUCAACCUUCGGUAUAUCGCACCAGCAACCUUUCCUUAACUCGGCUGAACAAGAAUCGGUGUACCGGGUGCUCGACUCAAUCAACUCGGCCAUUCCUUGGCGCUCUCUGUUCGCCGAUGACCUCUGCAUCUCUGCUCCGCACGGCGUCGUUUGCGACUACUUUUCUGAGUCCAACAAUGCUUCUUCUUCGCCCGAUGCGGUUCAUAUCACCGAGCUCAGUUUUGGGUAUGUCUCGGACUUCACUCCGAACCCACCUUGCUCUGAAAACUCGACUCUCAGUCCUCUUUUAUUCACGUCGUUCAAGUAUCUCCGUAAGCUUUUCUUCUACAAAUGCUUUAACAGCACUCCUGUUUCGGUACCGGACGUUGCAACGAGCAUUGGGUCGACCCUGGAAGAGCUCGUGUUCGUUGAUAACCCGGCGUUUGUUGGGUCCAUCAGCAGCGUUCUUCGCAACUUCUCGAGCUUAAGGAGAGUUGUUCUGACCGGUAAUGGCGUUUUCGGAGAAAUCCCAUCUGGGGUUGGUGAUUUGGUCAGCCUGGAAGAGUUAACUCUCUCGAGAAAUCGACUCAGCGGUAAAGUGCCUCAAGAUUUGGCCAAGUUGAAAAAACUGAAGAUUCUUGAUCUGAGUCAAAACUCAUUUGAAGGUGAUAUUCCAUCUUCAAUGUCUAAUCUCUCGGAGCUUCUGAAGCUCGAUGUGAGUUCCAAUAGCUUAUACGGUAGACUCCCCGAGAGCUUCAGAGCUCUGCAGAAGCUGGAGUUCUUGGACUUGAGCUUCAACCAUUUUGGUAAUUUCGGGGUUCCUUUGUUUUUAGCAGAAAUGACCGAACUAAGAGAGGUCUACUUGAGCGGUAACCAACUUGGAGGACAGAUUCCAAACAUCUGGAAAAAGCUCGGCGGAAUUCUUCGAAUGGGGUUUUCGAACCUGGGUUUAGAAGGUACUAUUCCGGCUUCAAUGGCGGUACAUCUAAGAAAUCUGAGCUAUCUGGGUCUUGACAAUAACAAGCUCGAAGGGUCAGUACCAGUGGAGUUCGGGCUCUUGCAAUUUGUGAAUGAAAUCAAUCUGGAGAACAAUAGUUUGAGUGGUAAAAUUUCUUUUCCUUCAAACUUUUCGUCUAGAAUCGGUCACAAGCUCAAGUUGGGAGGCAACCCGAAUCUCUGUUUAUGCUCUACUAAGAACCACCAUGGCAGUUUAGGGAAGCUUAAGGUGUGUAAGAAAACACAACAGAGACUCAAUCCAGUCGCCCUCGUUGAAAACUCCUCAACUCAGGUGUUUCCUUCCAUGGUGAUUAAUAUGUUUAUAGGUUUAUUGAUUUUGAUUUUGUGACUUUUUCAGCUUAAUUUUUAGGAGUAAACUUUUUUCUUCUUCUAUGGUUUUAAAAUCUUAAAAAAAAAGAUGAGUAUAUUAGGUCUAACAAAAGAGAAGAGGUUUUAAUAUUAUACGUUUUGGAUGUUGAUGGAGUAAUAGUAUGGUGUUAAAUCUGUAAUUAUUGCCUUAUUUUUCAAUGGAAAUAUCAUACAAAUCAUUCACAGUAA